GUUCGAGCUGUCUAGAUUUACAAUCCGGAAGUGGAUGAGAUGCCUCUGUGAUUGGGAACGUUGACAGGUGUCGGUGUGCCUGUGUUUCUAAUCCGGUCAGGCAAGUAAUGGUACACGUCGCCUAAAUCAUGGAGGAGAAGGAAGAAAACAAAUGUAUAAACAGUCAAGAAGUGCCCCUGCCCAAGGGCACAGGAAUUGCAAACUAUAUGAAGAAAGUAUUAUGUGAUUAUGAAAAGAUUCGAGGAAAAGACAAAAAUUCAAACAAUUGCAAGUUUUGGGAUGUUGUUGUUAUAACAACUGCAGAUAAUGCACAGAAGCGUGUCUUUGAACUACAGAUUGAGAGUAAAAGGAAGAGAAAUGAGCUUCCUUUGAAUCUUCCUAUCUAUGUUGUGGCGGAUCCCCCUGGACCAAAGAUAGGUAAUGGUGGAUCUACACUGGUGGUUUUGUCUUUUCUGGAGCUCUGCUUGGGUCAGGAGAUGUACAAGAAGAAAAUUCUGUUGAUCCAUGCAGGAGGUCAGAGCAAACGUAUGCCGAGUGCUAGCUGCCUAGGGAAGAUCUUCUCUCCUAUCCCUCAUGGUGACCCCAUUUACCAAAUGCUGGACCUCAAACUAGCUAUGUACAUGCCAUUUCUCCCUAAUAUGCCUCCAGGGGUGUUUGUAGCCUGUGCCGAUGAUAUUCUGGUGUAUGAUUUAGGACCGGUGGAGGAUUCGAAAUAUUGGUCAUUCUGUUAUAAUGGAUUCACUGCUCUGGCACACCCCUCACCGGUACAGAUUGGAACCAAGCAUGGUGUGUAUGUGGUGGAAAAUGAGAAAAAUGUGGAUCCAAAGAAACAUAUUAGAGGAAUGAGAUGUCUGAGAGUCCUGCAGAAACCAAGGAUUACUCAGAUGUAUGAGAAAGGGGCUGUGCUCAGUAAUCUCAAGUUCUCUGAAGAAGUUGCUUUCAAGGGAGAUACUUCAUAUACAGACAGUUCCUUUUUCUUUGGAAUGGACAUAGCUAAGAAACUUUUGCACUUCUUCAAAGAAAACAGCCCUUUGACUUGUGAAAUUGAUGCCUAUGGAGACUUUCUACAAGCACUUGGUCCCUUGGCCACUAGUGAAUAUGUCCACAACACUAGUAAUGUAACACAUUUAACUCCAAACCUUGUGCCAACUAGAUUACAGAUAUUUGAGCUUCUGAAAGGAACUGAUAUUAACCUUUUGCUGAUGAAUGCAUCAAAAUUUAUUCACAUUGGCACAACCAAAGAGUAUAUUUAUCACUUCUGUUUUGACACUAAACUCCAGGAUGAACUUGGUUUGGUUAAAGACUGUUUUAACACUUUUACAGAGAUCAAACCAAGUGCUAAAAAACGGAAGUUCUCAGACACUGGUUUAGGGUGCAUCAUGCACUCUUGUAUACCCACUGAGUGCUUUGUAUCCUCAAACACAGUUUUAGAGUACUGCCACUUUGAGCUGCCACUUCAAGUGGGUCAGAAUUCUAUAAUUAGUAACUGUGCUUUGUUUGAGGAGGAACUUUCAGACAAUUUACUCACACCCACACAAACCCCACACAACAUAUUCCUGCACACAGUAGCCGUCAGACACCAGGACCAAACCAAGUAUGCCACAGUUGUGUUCCACAUCGAUGAUGAUCUGAAAAAACAAGUCCCAAUCUCAAAUGUGAUUGAAGCCUCAUAUCUAGGUUACGAUAUCCAGCGAUUUAUUGAGAACUGCAAGCUGACCCAGUUUCAAUUGGAUGAGGACACUGGCGGUGUUCAGAGAGAAGGAGAGGGGGAGGGGCAGGCCCUCACCAGUCUAUGGCAGAUGUGCCUGUUUCCUCUAGAGAGUAGUAUGACCAGGUCUUUGGUGCUAGCAUUAACAGCAGCGAAAGCAGCACAGAGUAACAAUCCGGACAUGGUAGACCUCAGUGGCUAUCAUGUGGUCUCAAUGGAGGAAAUUCUGGACAUGAAAGAUGUCAGAGCAAUGCUGAAGUAUAGGGAGGGUCUGUUUUCAAAGAUUUUAAAGUCUUAAAUAAUAAGCAUACUUGAUUACAAGAUGUAGGAGAAUUAUGUAAAGAAUACUUUGUGAUUAUAACUCCGUAACCAUAUAACAUAUUUAUUUGAUCAUCAGAAAUCUUAUUUUUAUUGGAUAUGGUACAUGUACUUACAUGUAAAUAGAAUCUGAUACUACUUAAAUUUUUUUAGACAGAAAUUAGAUUUUUUUUUGGUUUGAUGAAAGAAGUAAUGGGAAAGCAAAGACUGCCUUUAUGGCAUAUGCAUGUGAUACGUAUUGUGAUUUAUUUUUAAGUUAUUUGUUCAAUAGAAUCUUUUUUGGUUUUACUCGGUAGAUCUGAAAGUUGCACAUAUUUUGUUGGUGACUUCAUACAGACAUAGGAUUGUCUAUAGAUCUAAUUCAAUAUGAAAUAUAUGUUUGUUAUUUAUCCCCCCAUUUUAAUGUUUAUAUACAUAUCUAAUAUGUUUAUAUACAUGUACAUUUAUUUCCAUUGCAAGCAAUAAGAUUGAAUAAAUAUCACAUUUUUGUAAAAUAAUCUACAUACCAAUUGUAUUUUAUGCAGAACUAGAAAUGAUCCAGGGAAUUCCUAUGUUUGUGAAUAAAUCAAUAUAUACCUACAUUAUCUCUGUUCUGAUCUUAGUUUUAAAUUGUGAAUCAAUUUUUGCUCAACUUCGGGUAGUUAAUUGUGACACAAAACUUGUGGAUGGUUUGAAUUGACUGUCUGUACCACUUUUGUUUCUAGAUGAUUUCUCUGAAAGUCAUUAAAGUUUUGGC